AUGGACAACAUCUAUCACUGUGGUGUUGUGUAUUCACAAUCCUUAGUGCCGAAAAAGCCUGAUCCUGGAGCAUUUUCCAUACCGCGCAUAGUUGGGUCCAUAAAGUUUACCAAAGCGUUAUGUGACUUAGGAGCAAGUAUAAAUCUGAUGCCGCUUGAUAUCUACAAGAAUCUUGUAUUGGGGGAGCCUACCCCCACAACAAUGCUUUUUGUUAUGGAAGAUAGAUCGAUUAAGCGAUCAGUUGGUAUAUUACAGGAUGUACUGGUAAAGGUGGAUGAUUUUAUUCUACUUGCAGACUUUGUGAUACUGGAUUGUGAAAUUGAUUUUGAGGUAUCCUUCAUCUUGGAUAGACCAUUAUUAGCCACGGGGAGAGUGUUGGUUGAUAGGAAGCUCAAUGAGCUCAAGUUCAGAUAUGGGAAAAAGGAGGGCAAAUUUAAAAUGCAACCUCCUAUUAAGCACUUGGAGGAGAUGAACAUCUUCUCAGUUUUGGAUGUAUUCCAGGAAUAUGGUAAUGAGGUAGUGAUACGGCAUCUUGAUGAAGUCUGA